AUGAAUAAUGUUUUAACAAGGGCGUCCGAUACUCCUAGCCGUGGCUCUACCUCUCGUCAGAAAUUGCAACGAGGCCAAACGCCUCGCACGAGGACGCGCAAGUCUCCCUCGCAGAUAUACAUUCCUACGACAGUUUCCGUUGGUCAACUAGCAAGACUAUUAAAUGUGCGGCAGACACUACUUCAACGCAAGAUGAUAGAUGCAGGGAUGGCGGCUGAGGCGUCAUAUGAUCAUGUAUUGACGUCCGAUUACGCUGCCCUUCUCGUGGAAGAAUUUGGCCACAAUCCUGUCAUCAAUGAUGAAGCUGCUUUUGAUAUAUAUCCCCCUGUUCCACAUCCUGCCCCAACUUCUCUUCCUACACGACCACCCAUCAUUACUAUCAUGGGUCACGUUGACCACGGUAAAACCACUCUUUUGGAUACCCUUCGCUCGGCGUCUGUUGCUGAUAACGAGGCUGGUGGUAUUACACAGCAUAUCGGUGCCUUCUCGGUCCCUGUCAAGGAAUCAUCUAGUGGCAUAAUUACAUUUCUUGACACACCUGGACACGCUGCUUUUUCUGCAAUGCGCUCGCGUGGCGCUAGUGUUACGGACAUUGUUGUCCUUGUGGUCGCAGCGGAUGAUGGUGUGAUGCCUCAGACAAAAGAGGUCAUCGAGCUUAUCAAAGGAGAGCAAGACAAAGUUGGGGUUGUCGUGGCUAUCAACAAGGUUGAUAAACCAGAAGCGGAUGUGGAAAAAGUUCAGCAUGCACUCCUUGCUGAGGGCGUCCAGCUGGAGGUAUUUGGGGGAGACAUUCCAUCCGUCGAAGUGUCUGGAUUGACAGGACAUGGACUGAAUGACCUAAUAGACACCCUGUCUUUGAUUGCCGAGGUACAGGAUUUACGCGCAGAGCAAGAUGGGCCAGUCUAUGGGCAUGUCAUCGAAUCGAGGAUGCACAAAGGUCUUGGGCCCACAGCGACAGUUCUGGUUUUACGUGGAUGUCUAACCCCUGGUGCUCACAUCCUGGCAGGCACAUCUUCCGGGAAAGUCCGUCUUAUGUCGGAUUCAUCUGGUGCACCUGUUAAGGCCGCAUAUCCGGGAAUGGCGGUCACCGUGUCUGGGUGGCGGUCACUUCCGGGUGCAGGUGAUGAAGUUGUACAGGGUAGCGAGGGCGACGUAAAGAAAGCUCUUGCAAAUAGGGUUAGGAAAAAGGAAGUGGAAACCGUUUUGAUUGAUGCGGAGGCAAUUAAUAUUGCGCGUGCUGCAGAGCGCGAAAGAGUCCGGAAGGAAGAGGAUAAGAGUCAAGAUAUGAGGCAUGUAUUAGAUGGCGGCCCUAAAGAGCUCCGGUUGGUCAUUAAAGGUGAUGUGAGCGGGAGUGUUGAGGCCGUUGUGGGCGCGCUGGAAGGGAUCGGGAAUAAAAAGGCUCGUGUCAAGGUUGUAUCCACAGGGGUAGGGGAUGUAAUGGAGAGUGAUGUGAUGAUGGCCAAGGCCGCUGAGGGUAUAAUUGUUGCCUUCUCGGUCAACAUUCCGCGUUCAGUGGAGAAUGCUGCGGCACAGAACCACAUCCCAGUUUACUCGUCCAAAAUCAUUUAUCGGAUCAUGGAUGAGGUCCGAGACCGCGUCACCGCAUUAUUGCCUUGCACCUAUGAGACCAAAGUUACCGGCGAGGCGACUGUUUUACAACUUUUCGAUAUCCACAUAAAAGGGAAGACUACCAAGAAAAUUGCAGGUUGCAGAGUCAGCAAUGGCACCAUCGAGAAGUCGAAAGGGGCUCGAGUUGUUCGCGAUGGCCAAGUGAUCUAUGAGGGUUUCCUCGAUGCGCUUAAGCAGCACAAGAAGGACAUGCCGGAGGUGAAGAAAGGUACUGAAUGCGGGAUCAGCUUGCAGGACUAUGAGGAUUUGCGCGACGGCGACUUGAUACAGAUGUAUCAGACAAUCGAAAUACCUGGCGUAUUGUGA